AUGCCUCGCAUCUUCAACCAAGCAGCAUGGUGCGUCCUUGAGCAGCCAACCAACACAGAGCAAAUCUUUCCAUUGCCGCCACACCCUCGCCAGGCCCUCGUCAACCCCGCAAUAGCCCGCUACUUCCACCACUAUAUCUCCUCCAUCGCCCCUUGGUAUGAUCUUAGUGAUGGGUCUCGGCACUUUGCUACCUGCCUAACCGAGCUGGCCCUCACCGACCCGCUCCCAUUCGCUGCCGUCAUCGCCCUGGCCGCGAUUCAGAUCAGCCAGACGACGGCACCGUCGGCCCGGACCGCUGCCGAGUACUACCAUGGCCACUGCGUCCGGCUGUUGUUGGUCCGGCUGAAGGACGACAGUUCGGCCUCUGACGAUGGCGAUCGCGACGGAAUCACGCUCGCUUCCAUCUGUCUCCUGCGCUCGUACGAGAUCCUGAGCGAGGAGGUCGAUCCGAACCGGCAUCUCCGGGGCGCGUACUCGCUUGCCGUCUCUCGUACUCCGCUGCUCCGGGAAGAUGACCUCAGCGGGCGUGGAGGGCUGCGCGGCGCGGGGUUCUGGAACUAUUUGAGGGAAGACAUUACUUUCAGUCUGUUUCAAAGAUGCCCGCUCAAGGUGGGACUGGAGCAGGUCGAGCUGUUUGUCUGGCGUGGUGACGAUGUUGACGGUGACCACGGCUACUUGAAUGCCGUGACGCUCAUUCUGGGAAGAAUUAUUAAUGAGUGUUUUGGGCGCGAGACAGUCUGUCGCCGCACCAUGGCAACACUCUCCCAGAAACCGAGUAACGGGCCCGCCGUGAUCAAGCCAUCGGCAGCCGAGAUCAAAAACAACACGCUCUCAGCACGCAACCUCGAACUGGCCGUCCGUCAUCUGCACGCCGACGGCCUCGUGGUGGUCGAGGACGCCGUACCGCAUCCGGACCUUGACGCCCUCAACGCCAAGAUGGUCCCCGAUGCCCGCUACCUGCAGUCUCUCGGCGAGGAUGGGCCCUUCAACUACAACCAGGGCAACCUGCAACAGGACCCGCCGCCAGUGGCCGAGUAUUUUUUCCCCAGCAUCUUUACAAACAAGAUUGCCACGCAAAUCACCUCAUCCAUCCUUGGCCCCCGCCCCAAAUGGACUUUUUGCUCGGCCAACUCCGCCAUGCCCCCAUCGUCACCCGACGCCUCCCCGCAGCGCCAGCCCGUGCACUCGGACGCGGAUUUCGACCACCCGCGACACCCCUUUGCGCUGGUCGUCAACGUGCCGCUCGUGACCAUGACGCCGCGCAACGGCUCGACCGAGCUGUGGCUCGGCACGCACCAUCUCUCGGACCUCUCGGCGCAGGAGGGCGCCCACGGCGAGCGCGCCAGCGGCCGCAUAAAGCAGCAUCUCCUAGACGCGCGCCGGGCGGAGCGGGGCCCGUGCCAGCCCGUCGUCAAGAAGGGCAGCGUCGUGGUUAGGGACCUGAGGCUCUGGCACGCGGGCAUGCCCAACCUGAGUGAGGACGAGGUCAGGGUCAUGCUGGCGUUUAUUCACUUUGCGCCGUGGUAUCGCAACCCAAUGAGGCUGAGGCUCGGAGAGGAUGUGAAGACUGAGAUUGAGAACGUCGCCGGGGAGCUGGAUGUGCCGGUGGAUUGGGUGGGCAGGGACGAGGUGCUGGGUGAGUAUUUGCGGCGCGGGUUUGGGAACAGUUAUGAUUUUGGUCAGGAGGCGUAA